AACGCAGUCUUUUGUAGAGGAAGGUGAGAAGUCCUGCGCUCGAGUCAUGGUAUGGGGGUGCGCACCACGAUAUGCCUACAUGUUUUGGCUUUUGUAAAUUACCGCCGAUCAAUAAUCAAAGAAGCGAGAGCCGAACGAGCGCAGGGUCACAGGGACGCUGAGCGAGCGCAUGUGUCGGUCGUGUAAGUACUAGAUGAGUUCUCAAUCCUCGAAAGAUGACCUUCUCCAGUGCGACGUGUUCGGACGGUGCCCCCUCGUCAAUAUCAUGAGCUAGCGGACCAUCCAUUUUCGGUAAGAACUUUGAGGCGUGCGAUUAUACUGGAUGUACGGAGACGAACUCCCAUGGCAACCUCACUGGCGGCCGACGCCGAAGCGGCACCCGGGCCACCCGAGGACAUACACGCCCGGGCUUUUCCCUCGUGGCAGAAAAAGCCAAGUGGUGGAGGAACAGGGACAGAUGCUGCAUCGUCAUCAAGUUGCAACAACCCGCAGGAGAGGAUGCCGGAGGAGAUUGGCCUUCUGCAAGCGCGCCGCGAGGGGUACCUGCACAAGCGCGCCGGGUGGUUUCGCUGGACCGUCCGUUACUUUCGACUGCUACGCGGGGAGCUGUGCUGGUGGCGCCCAUCAUUUACGGAGCAGCUGCGGCUGCAACGACCGAAGAACCUCGACCCUGCUGCCAUCGUGCGUUGCUUCACGCUUGCGGAGGACCUGCUCGAGGUGAAGCUCCUUCCGCCGCGCUUUCCAUUCACCACCAGGCUCGUUUUGCGAUUUCGGUGCGGAUACAAGCUUGAAUUGCGCGCGGAACGCGAACCCGCGAUCCGAGAUUGGUACGACAAAAUCAAACUGUACGUCCAAGUGCCAACAGAGGAGGACGUCGUAGACCAGUUGGCGACAUAG